AUGACGCAUCUCAAAUCCUCUAAUGUUACUUGCAGAUUACCAACUAUUAUUUUCAUUCACAUCACACUCUUAUUAGUUAUCAAUCUCGCCGAGACGCCACCACCUAUUCCGAUACCUGCUCACGUCCCGAUCAUUGGCGAAAAUGCGCAAAAUUCACCCGCCGGCAUUUUUACACCGGAGCUAACAAUAAACAAAGGCGGUGCCUUCUUACCAAAUGGCGGUGCAAUUCUUGCGGCUCCUAUGCCCAAUUGGGGGGAAUUACCUGCGAUCGAUUCUCUAGGUGGACAAAGUUUCAUCGAUCCAAAUAAUAUAGACAAAGGAAAGGAAAUUAAUCAUGUAUGA